UACUCUAACCUCUAAAUUUGAGAAAAAGUAAUAUUAGGCUGAAGGCACUAAGUUCUCCAACCGGGGAACGACACAACCAAAAAAAAAAAGAAAAAGUAAUCAAUGAAGUUUUUAAAAUAUAUAUAAAAAGAAUUUUUAUGUUCUUCUCUUCUUAUUUUUAAAUCAAUCUGAUUACUGUCUACAUUAAAGACGAAAUCAAGAUUAAAUUGGAGAACAUGUCUAUGCUUGCGGAGCGUCGACGAAAGCAAAAAUGGAGUUUAAAUCCACGAGGAAAGUGGUGGACUGAAGAUUCGAAUAAGUUUGGUCAGAAGAUGUUAGAGAAAAUGGGCUGGACAAAAGGAAAAGGACUUGGUAUUAAUGAACAAGGCAUGACGGAAUAUCACAAUGUGCCAUACAAGAAUGAUACAGCAGGUAUAGGAUUUGACAAAAAUGCCGAGAUAUGGGUAGAACAUCAAGGCAAAUUUAAUGAUUUUCUGCAACAACUUUAUGGGAAUGUAGAUCAAAACACUAUUCAGAAAAUAGAAAAAGAAGUUAAUAGUUUAAGUGGACAGUCAUUGGAAUUGAAGUCUAAGCAGAGUCGUGCUCGUGUGCACUAUAAGAAAUUUACACAUGGCAAAGACUUAAAUAAAUAUAAAGCGAAAGAUUUGGCAAAUAUAUUUGGCCAAAAAGAAUUAACAAAUGAAGUUCAAAUAAAGACGGAAGAAAAUGACUAUAUUUAUGAAGAAAAAAGUAUUAGUAAUGAAGUUUUCACAAUUAACAGUGGUAGCAUGACUGAUUACUUCAAACAUAAAUCAAAUAAUAAAAACUUUUCAAGAAAUAUGAUUGAUGACCCAGCGAUCAACUCUGAAAGUGAGAACAAGCAAUAUGUUGGUUUUGGAUAUGUACCAAAAACAGAGAAUAUAAUGUCUAAUGGAGUAUCAAAAGAUGUUGGCGAAAAGAGUAGUUAUGCUUGUGACAAUCCUUGUUUGGGAUUGAAUAGUUUUUUGGAAUUUAUGUCAUCUAACACUGAUAGUACUUGCAAAAAGUCUGUAAAGAGGAAGAAAAGAUAUGAAAGUGAUAAUUCACAUAUCACUGAAUUGGAUAAACACAAUGUCCGAAAGAAAUUAAAAACUGAGAUUAUUAAUGAAAUUUGUAAAGAUGGUUUUACAAAUCCAGCUCUUAAUUUAGACAUAAAGCUUGAAGAGGAUUAUAAUGGCAAAGAAUUUGAGGUAUCCAGAGCACAGUUUGGUCUAGAGAAUUGUGGCUUAGAUUUGACAGAUGAAAGAAGCGACAAGAAAGGUGUAACAUUUGAUGAUCAUAUCACAUUGUAUGAGUAUGAUUUAGAUUCUAUCAAAAAGAAGAAAGGAAAAGCCACGUUAGAUAAAUUUGAAGUUGAAAAUAAGAAACAUAAAAAGAAACGGAAACAGGAGGGCAUUAUAAAUCCUGUGUCAAAUGGGUUUGUUAAUGAAGCAUUAGAUAUAGAAACAGUAGCUGAAGAAAUUAAUGAUAAUAAAUUGAAUGAACAUAAAAGCAAAAAAACGAAGAAGAGAAAGAUAUGUAAAAUAUCUAGUUUAGAAACAAUACAAGAAUCACCAGAACAAGAAAAAGAAAUAACUGAGAUUAAUAUAGAAUCAGAAAAUAUGUUGGAUAUUAGUGUUGUUAAGAAUAAAGAAAUAGAUAUUGUUGAUAAAAAGUUAAAGAAGAAGAGAAAGGAGAAGAAAACCAAAGUUGAAAACAUUACUGUAGUUCAUAUUGCAAGUGAGGAAUUAAAUAUUGAAAGUGAAGAGAUAAUUACAAAUAAAAAAAUGAAAAAACAUAAGGACAGUAAAGAAGAAGAAAUUGAAAUUUCUAAGAAACAUAAAAAAGAAAAGAAAAAUAAAGAAAAUUACAAAAUUAAAAAGUGUGCUAGUCAGGCUGAAAUAAGCAGUGAUUAUCAAAAUAUCAAAAUUUUAGAUAAGACAAAUGCUAAGCAGCAGCAAAAUUAUUUAAUCAUGAAUGAAAACAAGGAUGCAACGGAAAUAGAAACAUUGUCAGUUGAUAGAAAAGAAAAAGAAGAAAAAGUACUCUUAAAUAAACAAAAGAAAAAGAAAAAGAGCAUUCACCAAGAUUUUAGGAACGAAUGUGAUAUAAAAAGGAAAUCUGAAAAUUUUGUCAAAGAGGAAGAUUCAAAUACCAAAAAAUUAGAAAAGAAAGAAAAAAAAUGCAAAAAAUCAAAAGAAAAAAAUGUAAUUGAUACUGAAGAUUCUAUUAAUUCUAAUCUAGGAAUUGUGGAUGAAAAUACUAUCGAGCAGGGAAAAAUAGAAAAUAUAGAGUCUACUUAUAUAUCUAUAAAGAAAAGUAGAAUAAUCGAUUCUGUUGACAAUAUAAUUCAUAGUCCAUGGAGUGCAAAAACAAGGAUGUCUAAAAAAAUGUUGAUAAAUCUUUUCCAAAAUAAUCAACUUUUAGAUUUUCCUGGCUCUAACAUUCAUAAUAUACAGGGAUAUGGUGUAGAUAUUACACCAGAUGCUAACUAGAAUUUAUAUAAUUUUAUAAUGAAGCACUUUCAAUAAUAAAUGUUAAGUUGCUUGCCGACAAUAAUUAUGAAUCUUAA